UGGCUGGACAUGGCAACAGGCAAGGCGGCGGCGUCAUUAGAAACGAGCUCGCGCCUCGCCUUUUUCUCUAUCUGUGUCUCCAUCGAUAACCAUUAGAUCGUUUUAAUACGAUGAAUUACAGCAGGAAAACUUUGAUUUCAGACUGGCACAAAAACAGGGAGGCAGAACCGAAAGACUACGAUAUCUCUGAAUGUCGUGAUGGACAAAGAGAAUUGCACAAGUCAACAUACAAGCAUUUUGGCACACACUUGGAUGCAGACUGGAGAACAACAACCCAGAUUGCUCAUUCAGUGAAAAAGCAAAAUGCCAAGGAUAAUGCAAAAUCAAUGGUGCAGGCUGACUAUUUCCACUCUCUGGUGUUUGACAGAGAAACUGGGACAUCAGACACAGCUGGAAAAUCUGUCUUAUCCUGCUAUCAGUCAACCUGUAAUGAAAAUGAGUUAAUUACUACAUAUGCAUUGGAUUACGUUCCACCUCGUGUCACCUCUAAGCAGGCAACGCAGGCCAAAGACGCGAUGGACAGGAAGCUGGAUUUCAGAAGACGCCAAUCUCAGUUCACUGAUGUGGCAGAUCAUCGGCGGUUGGGCCGGAAUACCUGGCAGGACUUUAAUGAUUUGCAGGCUGUAGUCCAAGGAGUGGCAAAGUCCCUGUAUAGACAAAUGAAUCUUUCAUGCCCAUAAGCAUAAGCUACGAUUUUCAUACCUUCUUUUACUUGUUUUGGAUUUGGUAGAGCAAUAAUUAAAAGUAUGUCCUGCAUAUGUUUUUCUUUUUAUCAUUUAUAACUUUCUGGAAUAUUCUUCAAUUACGGAAUAUAUAGAUAAGUCAUCUACACCACCCACCGUGUCCCGUCACACACAGAACUUAUAUAAACACUGCAUGGGCCAGGUCAGUGCUGGAAUUUACUUUCCAAUGGGAACUGAUGAAAUAAAUCUUUGCUGCUAUACCUGUUGCUUCCAUUAUCUGUUCAAGUUGAAAAUCAUCCAACAAGUUUGUUUAUUUCAUGCAUACAAAUUAGUGGCUUUGUGCCAUAUCACCAGAGAGAUUCGGCUCUGCUCAGAAAAAAAAGAAGCAAGCUGCACACAGCUAUGCUGCGCAACAGAUGUAGGGAUUAAAUUAGAAAUGCAUCAUCUUCUUUCCUCCAUCAUCUUCUUUAGUCGGAACGGUUGUUACCAUGGCUGUUGUGCAUCUCUAAGAAACACUGCCUUCCUGUUGCUUUGCCUGGUUAUUGGUUUUCUUUUUUAAGAGAAUGGCUUAUACCGUUAUAGCAGGAACAACCACACAGGCCUGACUAUCUAUUUACUCACCCACAUGAAGAAUGUGCUUUUAGAAAGAAAUAACUUUGAGCUAAAUGUUUUAUGUUUGUCCAUGUCAAUAAACCUAACACACUGGUAUUUUAGUAAACCAGUAGCAAACCGAAAAGUAUGUAUAUUUAUAUAGUAAUACUGUUUAAGGCACAUUUUAAUGCAUUUUUUAAUAGCUGGAAUACUUAGUCAUAUAUUUUC